AUGGCUGCUCAAAGGACUCCUGAUAUCACUCUUUACACUGCGCAGACCCCGAACGGUAUCAAAAUCUCCAUUGCGCUUGAAGAACUAGGCCUACCAUACAAAGUCAAAAAGCUCGAGUUCAGCAAGAACGAGCAGAAAGAGCCAUGGUUCCUCGAAAUCAMCCCCAAUGGCCGUAUUCCAGCCAUAACUGAUAAAUUUACCGACGGCAAGACCAUCAAUAUCUUCGAAUCCGGCAGUAUCUUGCAGUACCUGGCCGACAACUAUGAUUCGGAGCACAAGAUUUCGUAUCCUCGGGGGACUCGAGAGUAUUAUGAGCAGACAAAUUGGCUAUACUUUCAAAAUGCUGGAGUCGGUCCAAUGCAAGGCCAAGCAAACCACUUCACCCGCUAUGCACCGGAACACAUUGAAUACGGCAUCAACCGCUACMAAAACGAGMCCCGCCGCUUGUACGGUGUCCUAGACAAGCACCUCUCCACCUCAAAGUCCGGUUUCCUUGUUGGUGACCAUAUCUCGAUCGCUGACAUCUCGCAUUGGGGAUGGAUUGCUUCCGCGGGCUGGGCCGGUGUCGAUAUUGAAGACUUCCCUCAUCUCAAGGCUUGGGAGGAGAAGCUAGCUGCUCGAGAGGGUGUAGAGAAGGGUAGACAUGUUCCAGACAGACACACUAUUAAGGAAGUGCUCAAGGACAAGGAUCAAAUUGCAAAGCAUAGCGCUUCGACGUUACAGUGGGUGCAGAAGGGAAUGGCAGAUGAUGCCAAGAAGUGA